AUGGAAAUUUCUACUAUUGAUCGAGACUUUGAAGAUGAUGAUGAAUAUCGUCAACUCAAACGUUUCUUAUGGCAUAAAAAAACAACAACUCGUGAACCAAAAACUACAGAGUCACCUUGGUAUCCAUCAUCAGGUGCAUGUGCAUCUAGUCCUUGUGAACAUGGUGGUAUUUGUACAUCAAGAGAAGAAAAAAUCUUUGAGUGUAAAUGUGUUGGUCCAUGGCGAGGCAUCUAUUGUGGCAUUGCUGAUGCAUGUUACCGCUCGCCAUGUCGAAACGGAGGUACAUGUCUUAAUGUAAUUGAUGAUUAUUGGUGUAAAUGUCCAACUGAUUAUAACGGAAAAAAUUGUGAAUCAAAAUUCUCUAAUCCUGAUAAUGGGGAAAAUCAUUGUCGACCAAGUAUUUGUAAUACUGGUCGAUGUGUUUCUCUAAAGACAGGUUAUUAUUGUCGAUGUCCUGAUGAUCGUUAUGGUGAUCAUUGUGAAAAACGUUUAAACAAUUAUAAACGAGGUUCUUCUGGUCGACAAUCGUUUGACGAAUUAUUAGAACAAUUUAAACGAGCAAUGCGUGAUGAAAUUCUUACUGAUGACGAUGAUAAUGAUAAUGAUGCAUGA